GACUUCGAAUUAUUAUAUAACCAAUUUGCGCAGAAAGAUCCAAAGAGGACGGCGGCGAUGGCUGGGUUGCAGAGAUCUGAGGUAUCGUUCAGGCGGCAGGGGUCGUCGGGGCUGGUUUGGGACGACCGGCUUCUAACGGAAGAGCUGAAUCAAGAGAAGCAAGAAGAGGUGCAAGGACAGGAGCAGCAGGGUGGGGACCAAGAAAAGGUCGAUUCAAAGGAUAUUAAGCCGGUGAGAACCAUCUCACCGUCGCCGAUCAACACCGUUCCACGAAGCCGAUCCAGCGGUGAGAAACGCGGGUACCGGACUGGAAAGGUGUCUCCGGCUGUAGAACCUCCGUCGCCGAAGCUUUCUGCUUGUGGUUUCUGCAGUGCUUUCGGAAAAGCGCCCAAGAAUCAUCGGAAGAAGGCCGGUAAGCACAGAUCAAGAUAGCCUGAUUUCUCUCUUUGGAGUUAUUCCUAUGAAAAUAGUGGGUGAGUACUUGCUGUUGGAAGUAUAUUGAUAUAUGUUUUUAGUUCAUCUCAAUAAAAAUGAGAUGCAGUAGAAGUUUUGAAAACAAUUAGAUUAUGGAUGUUUUCGGUUUCUGUUUCUAUUGAUUGUGUCAUGCUUUUUUCUUUUUCUCAUGUUCAAUUUAGAGUUCCAUAGAUGAUUUUGUGAUCUGGGUGGGUGUAAUUCUGUGUAAAUUGUUUGGUUUCAGAGAAAAUUUUCUAUUGUACAAAGAAAAUCUCUGUUUUUUACUCUUCCUUGAGAUCUUUUUUGGGAUAUGCAACAUGAGAAAUUGAGAUUUUAGAAAUUUUCAUUUUUGGAAGAAGGAAAAAAAUUGGUUCUGAAUU